CAUGUUUCCACUCCAGCUGUUGGUAGUCUUCCUCAUACAGAGAUGUUAUUGUGUUCCGUUAAAAGACUUUUAUCACUACGGACAGUCACACGGCGACCAAAGAGUACCUACUAACGAUGAUGGCAGCUCUCCUCGAGUACCCAUUAGUACAUCGUUUCCAUAUUUCAAUCAAGUAUUUAGAUCUCUUUACGUGAACACAAAUGGAGCAAUUUCUUUCGAUGAGGAACUCAGCACCUAUACACCUAGUGCUUUCCCACUGAGUGGAAACAAAAAGAUUGUUUCACCCUAUUGGUGUGACAUUGACACAAAUAAUGGAGGGGAUGUAUGGUAUUAUGAAACAAAUGAUCGAGAUGUGUUGUUUAACGCUACAGAUGAUAUUCAAAAGACAUUCCCUGAACAGAAAAAUUUCCGUGCAGCAUGGGUGUUUGUAGCUACAUGGGACAACGUUGCAUUCUUUGGAGCAAGUAGUACCGGACAACGAAAGAGAAACACAUUCCAAUGUAUUCUGAUUACAAAUGGAAGGCAUUCAUUUGCUAUCUACUUGUACAACAAAAUAGAAUGGACGACUGGUACGGCUAGUGAUGGUAAUAAAGAUACUGGUUUAGGAGGAACACCAGCACAGGUUGGCUUUGAUGCAGGAGAUGGUCAUAAUUAUAUGGCAAUAAAUGAAUCAAGAACUCCGGCUGUUCUACAAGUUACACACCUUAGUAAUGUUAGAAUCCCUGGAAAGUUUGUCUAUCGAACUGACACAGAGACAGUUAAAGAUGGAGGGUGUACCACACAUACAGGAGGAAAUCUGACCAUAUUUCCUCGAUACGUGACGAUGUUUGGUGGAACUGUCUUGUCAAUCGGAGGUCCCUGUGUGGAAACUAAUGACAAGAUAUCUAUUAUGUUUAGGAACAAGCCUGAUGUUAUAAUGUGUAAAUUCUUUUCCUUCAACGCUGUUAGAUGCAUUACUCCAAUGAUGUAUGAAACAGGGGAUGUGAAUGUCACAUUAACAGUUCUACAUAGACAUAAUACAUCAGUUUUCACAGGGAUAUGUACGUUCGUGAAUCCAGCAAGCCUGAAGCCAAACCUAUAUAGAGUCAAACCAGAACAAUGGAAAAUUGGCGAAAAUGUUACGUUAAAAUGGGGAGAGUUACCAUUUGAGGCAGAUACAAUUGCAAUCGAACUGUUGACCCUCACUAAAAUUAACAACACUCUACAACUGCAUCGGGAGACAUAUGUUGCUAGAAAAUUACCGUUAUUGAAAACACAUGUUUUCCGUCUACUGAGUGGUUCAGGUCAGGCUGCUGUGUUACGUAUUCAUUCGGAACCGGAGGAUUCAAACCAAGAUACUUCCUUGUUAGCCUCUGGAUGGUCGGAUGUGUUUGUUAUGUUGCCACCAGACGGAAAAUCUCUUUUAUCUGCAUGUUAUGACUGGAAUGAUCGGGAGGAGAAACAUCCUUCCUUGGAAAGACACCAAAUCGACACCUGUCCAUGUACUAUAGCCCAGGCUAGACUGGACAUAUCUAGGUUUAAUCCCGAUCCUCAUUGCAAUACACUAGUAGACCAUAAUAUUGAUAAUGAUACUAGUAUUAAUUGUAUCUACCUCGUAGGAGCUUUACAAUGUUUGCGAAUGGCGUUCCCUGGAAACAUGGGACAUGACAACCAGUGUUGUUAUAACAGUGACGGGACUCUUAUAGAAACUAAUACUAAAACCUUUGGUGGAACGGCGAAUAGAUACCACUACAAAGGAGGUGCAAACGAUAAUAUCCCUUACUUGUCUAACAUUUAUGACGAUGUAGUACCGUAUAUGUAUUGCUGUCAAUAUCCAGUACAUUACAACCUAGACGUAGAUACUUGUCAAAGAUUUUUAAGGAGAAGACCACCAUCACGCUGUUCGGGGUACAUUCCGCCAAGAUCCGCAUCCUCCAGGGGUGAUCCUCACCUUGUUACAUUGGAUGGUCUGGAUUAUACAUUCAAUGGCGUAGGAGAAUUUACUAUGAUACAAAGUAAAGAUAAUCAUCUAAUAUUACAGGCAAGAAUGGAACAGUUUAAAGACAAACAUGGUACUCUAAAGCAAGCUAGUGUUAUAACCUCGAUAGCGUUUCGUUGUAACAAUGACUCUGACAUCGUUGAAGUAAGAUUGAAUGAAAUCAGAAUGUGUGAUGUACUGAUUAAUGGACAGUUACUAGAAUUCAUGGAUACCAACACUGUUGAUGUCGAAGGUGCGACGAUAAUAAAUUCCAGAGGCAAUAAUACUGAUAUAGAAAGUAUCUGGACAUCGGUCACCUGCAGAUACCCGAAUAUAGCAGUAAAUGUCACAGCUAUGGCUAAAAUGAUUAAUAUCAAUAUAGUGAUAGCAGGAAAUUCUUUACGAGGUUCCGUCAAAGGACUGUUGGGUAACUUUAACGGUAAACAGAGCGAUGAUUUAACAAAUGCUGAUGACAGAAUCAUACCAAUAAACUCAUCUCUAGACGUAAUUCAUCAUAAAUUUGGAUUAAAAUGGCAAAUACAUGCUUCUGAUUCAUUGUUUACAUACCCUGUGGGCAAAACUCACCAGUCAUUCCAACACGUCGACUUCAUACCUAUAUUUAACGUUACUGACCAGUGUCCGGGUAAUGUUGCUGAUGUAUGUGGCGAUGACCAGGCCUGUAGAUUUGACUUUUGUACGACAGAUGACACCAGUUUGGCAGAAUCGACCAGAAUUAUGACAGAAGAAAUCGAAGUUAUGGCUGAAGUAGCUCUACCAGCUUGUGGCGAGCCCGGAAACAUCACCGAUGGCUACUGGAAUUUCACAGGGAAUUCAGCUAAUCUUCUAUGUGAGGAGAAUUAUAUAUUAAAUGGUCAAACUUUAAUUAUGUGUUCGGAUGAGGGUCAGUGGAGUGUUAUAAACACGACAUGUGAGCUAAAACCAUGUGAUGAUCUGUCAAAUUUUACUCAUGGAUAUUGGAAUGUAAACAACAGAUCAGCAGAUUUAGUUUGUAUUGAUAAUUACCUUACAACAGACAGCAUUGUCCUUCAGUGUUAUGACAAUGGUACAUGGGGUAUACCAGUCAAUAUCAAUAAUGUCUGUCAAAGAAUUGCCUGUGAUCUUCCAGCACCAAUUGACAAUGGAAAUUGGAAUGUAAGUGGACGGAAUGCUGAACUAUUAUGUGCUGACCACUGUACCUUGAAUGGGUCUUCACUACUGAUCUGUGACAAUGAAGGUGUUUGGGAGUUAAUAACUUCAGCAUGUUUAAGACCGGUUUCAAUGCAGACUUUACCAUCUCAAGCCGACAAACAGAUUUUAGUGCAGGUUGUUUUGCCAGUUGCGGUGGCUUUAGUCAUAUUAAUUAUAGGAAUAAUUGUAGUCCGACGUGUGAGAAAUAAACAAAAAUAUGAUGAAGACCAAACUAAAUAUGAAUUUGUCAAAAAUUCUAAUCAGAAAUUAGAUAGUGCGUGCUACACUACUGUGAUGUAGAUUUGUGCGAUUGUAUUAUUUUUACCAAACACUUUCUCGUUUUUAUAAUCUUUAUCAACAUUUGAUCUAAUUUUGUUGAACUUGUACACCCCGACUUAUUGAAUAAAUACAAUCAUUUACUGUGUGCUUAACUGUUAGAUGUACAAUUAACAUUAUUAAAUUUAUAAUUACUCACUGUAAGUUGAUUAACGGUGAUAUUUUGUCACUUUUACAGAUGUGUUUUGUCUUUAUGUUUAUAUUGAUGAACGAAAUAUUUAUUAUCUUAAUACUUGGAUUUAAGUGUGUAUUGUAUUUCUCCUUAAAGUUUACUUGUGUAUUCAUUGUAUAUUAUCCCUGUAUUA